AUAUAACUAGGUUAGACCCUUAUAACGAGUACCACCCUCAUUUCAAACUACCGAUAUCUGAUUAAGUGCAUAAAUAUAUAUAUGUAUUAUACAUCACAUCAUUGAACAACGUCUCCAGAUCACACGCCCUCUACUUGUUACGUCAUUUUCAUUCACGCCACACUUCAACAUCGAGACAUCGAAAGUUCGCAAUGCUCUAAUGAAAAGUCCAAUAUGGCAUCAAUACUGUCCUAUGUUCCUGGUGUGAACCGGCUCGUUCCCAGUACGAGUCGGGUUCGUACUAUCGAGAUCCCACCAGUUGAGGUUCACCAUGUGGAGACGGCGCCUGAGAAGCGACCGAGAACCCUUAAGCAUCUUCUAAAGGCAAAUCAUGUUAAUCACUCCAUCCUCUACCACAAUCUAAUCUUUCAUAACCAUUUACCACAUAUACUUGGUUCUGCUUAUAUUCUUGGCGCAGACGUACAGCACUUGCUCAAGAUCUAUGAUGUCGAAGCUGAAACCCUUGAACCGUGGAAGCCGUCACCGGCCGAGAUCGUUCAAGAAGACUGGAGAGACUUUCUCGGGGACCCGAGAUAUCAACGUGCUUACGUGGACUUCUUCGAAGAUUCUCUUGCAUUGACGCAUAACUAUCAGUGGAAGGGUGUGGUGGAGGAAUACUUGUACAGCGGGAACGAACCGUUGAUCAACUGCUUAGUUGCAGGUCUCGGACAUCCCCUUAUUCACCUCGGGUACGCCUAUGAGGUGGAUAGUCGCGAGGUUGCUAUGGAGGCACUCGGCAUGGCCGCUACACAGUACAACUUCCUUCACAAGUACAUCGAUGAUGACUCGUAUACGAAGUCUUCUUCAAUGAAGUCAUCCUCACCAUUGGAACUUUGUCAAAAGAUGGAGAAAGACGAACGACUGGAUAAUUUGUUUGAGGGCUCAGGACCCGACAACAUUGAGCCGCUAUUCGAGAAGCAUGAAGACCUCGUUUUGGAGUACUGGAAUGCGUGGACCCUCGAUGACCCCGUAAAGGACUUCGAGCUUUCACAGGAAGCUGCGGUUGCUCUCUUGGUUGCGACGGUGCCACCCGGAACUCAUUCAUACAGCUUCUACACGUGUCACGUGCUCACCACAAGCCAUGCCGUUAGAAUACUCCUUCCAUUCAUACGGCCUGAAUUCCGUAUCAAAUUGGUGAGACAAUGGUGGCUGUUUACGAUUGCUGUCUAUAUCACUGAGCUCCGACCGAAAAUUGACCCUGAUUAUAUUAAACCCGGAGAUGUGGCCGGGAAGCAAUGGAAUUAUGUAGACGACAAAGCAUUGACAGGCCCUUACGCCACCGAUGCUCAUUUUGUCAAAGCUCUGCGCGCGAUCAAGGAGGCAGCUCAUACUUGGGGAGAUGUACAUGAACGAUAUCUAGCAGCUGCCGUACGACUUGCGGAUGAUUUCCAAGGUUGGACAUUUGCGUAAUGUUUUCAGAUUUUUAUAUGGACUGAAAUUGUGCUUGUAAGUGGCGAUAUGACUUCUAAGUUUAAGCUCAUUCAUUCUAGGUCGACAGCCAGAUUGACAGAACAGGACGAGGGCAGAAUGGUAAUGGUUUGUAAAAGAAAAUAGGAAUAGUUAUAAAAUUUACGAAAAGCUUCAAAAUUAUUUAGUUCAAACCAGCCAUGUUUAAGUAAUAAUAGUCGUAUACUCAUCAGGUAUGAAUUAGAAGCAAUUAUGUAACUUGAGGGGACUUAUAGAAGUUGCAUAGGAC